GUUCUCAGGAUGUUAAAUGAUUUCAUGUGAAAAUGCGCGGAUUUUUAUUUCUUUUCUUUUUUUAAAACAAUGAAAAACAGACGACGACGACGACGACGUCGAGUAGAGUAAAUAUCCUGAAGUUAUCAGAUGCGUACAUGCUUGAAAUAUUUGCAUAAGUGCUGACACGACUUUGAGCUUUGAAUAAUUCAGGAAAAAAUAGAAACAGUGAAAUUCAAAUGAUCGUCAUGUCGAAUGAAACGUGUAGCGAGAAAAAGUGUUGGAACCAUUAGAAAGCUUGAAUAAAAAAAACAUCGGAUUUCAACGACAAUAAAGCAUUCAGCUUUAGAUAUUAAGCAAAUUCUUAUUUGCAUAGAUAUAUGGAACAUUUUGCUUCUUUCACAAGAAAGGGAUAUUCUCUCGCUUACCGUUCGUACUCUGAUAAAUAAACAACUUCUAGUGUUGCAGUUUGCAGUUUACAAGAGAAAGAAGAAGACUGCAAUGAAACUGAACAAUUUGCCACCGAAUGGUUUUACCAUUCGACUGUUACUUAUCGUGACUUUUGCAUCGCUUAUAUAUGCUGAUGAAACGACAACAACAACAGCUGCAGCUUCAACGACAACAACUGAGCCAGAAGGCGUUACUGGCUGGCCACCACCCCACUUCAAAGUAUCAAGACCUAAAGGAAAAUCUCUAACCACUGAACAACCAUUUGUCACUUUUGAAACGACGCAACUUUAUCUACCGCAAGAUUUCACGACAAUUGACUUGGAAUUCGUUGAUAGUAAACUCAAGCCUAAUGUUGCUGAACAAGUUGAUCGAAACACACAAAAAGACUUACCGAAAGUGAAAGAGAAUCCAUUCUGGUUUGAGGAUAUUAUUAAAGACACUGAACAGCAUUACAACCACCCGGAAAACGUCCAACAUCAUCAUCAUCGCUAUAAUAAUCGCGCUAAAAGAAAUCAUCAUAAAAAAUCAAAAGCAUCGCGUUUUGCUGACGAUGACGAUAAGAUGAUGUCGAAGCGUAGCGUCGAAUACCAAGAAGAAGAUUAUCCACAAGAUGAAGUGUUCAGUGCUUCUGAAGUUAUUGGAAAUAUUUUUAAUGAAAAUGACACAAUCACGAAACUUGAUGGGAGAAGAGAUAACGAUCUCGAUCUAUAUGAGCUUGAAGAUAUUCUCGCUGAAUUGAAAGAGCUGGAAGCGAGAAAUCAUUUCCAGGAAGGUGACAUCAUUUCCAAAAGCAGCAAUAAACGAGUGAAAAGGAAAUCCGCAGGAAAAACGACAUCGGCACUUAACAGACCUAAAAGUUCAUCGGAUUCGAAGAAGUCAUCAUCUAAUCGUAAAUCUCAUGGCGCCAUUGGUGAAGAAGAACAAUUUACAAUGGAUUCGGAAGAAGAUGAAAUGCCAUCGAAAGAGAAGGAAAGAGAUAGCGAAGAGAUUGAUGAGCCACCCGAGCAUACUGUUUUCAGAGAGGUCACAGAAGUUCGCUUCCCAGCUGAAGUCGGUCCACUCGGAACACAUCGAUUAUGUAAAAUUAAAUGCAUCGAUGGAAUGUGGCAAGGACCUUUGUGUGCUGCUCCAGAUCAAGAAGAAGCUGGUCAAUUGAAGUUUGAGCCAUUGUACAAACGUUGUGUGGUCGAUCAAAUUCCACCGCAUCUUCUUCUAAGCUAUAAAAAUGUUUCAGUGACAAUGCAUUGGGAUUUACCACAUGGACACACUUUACAAGCCCGUUGCGAAGAUCUCGGAUUAUAUAAACUUGUUGGUGAAGCUAAAGUUUUAUGUUCAAAUGGAUUGUGGGCUCCAAAACUCCCACAAUGUGUUCCUACAACUCUCUUAACAAACUACUCGGAUGAUAGUCCGCCGUCAAUCAGAAUUAAAGUUGGAAUUGGUUCAGCUGCUUAUGAACCUUCAGGUGUUCUUGCUGUUCUUCCAUCAUCAACGCUUCAUCUUGAUUGCAUGUAUCCACGUCGAAAAGGAAGUCCCGAAUGGACUUGGACUGGAUGGUUCCGACAAUAUUUGACAGGUUGGAGUGCUGUUCCUGAAGAAAAAGCGUCACGUUAUCGAUUAUCGAUUAAAGAUGUUCAACCACAAGAUUCUGGAACUUACACCUGUGCAUCACCACGUGGAUUAACCAAUAGCAUUAUAAUUAUUGUUGCUGUUUCACAAUGCCCGACAUUGACGGAGCCGAACAUUCCUUUAUCGUUAAGACUUGAAGGCAUAAAGUUGGGUCAACGAGCAAUCUAUCGUUGUCCUAUGGGAUACAUCCUACAAGGAACGGCCAACGCAACUUGCUUAGCUUCAGGAAAUUGGUCAUCACCAGCACCAACUUGUAUUCCUAUUCAAUGUCCACCAUUAUUCUUGGAAGAUCCACAUUUAAGUUUGAUUGAAUUGAAUACAAGUGCUUGGGGUCGUGCAGUGUUUUCAUGCUCUUGGGGAUAUCGUUUAAGUGGACCAGCAAAUCUUGAAUGUUUGGCAAGUGGACAUUGGUCGGGACCGAUUCCAAGAUGCAGAGGCAAGUUACAAUUUCAAAGAUUUUUUUUUAUUUCAAAUCCCAAUAAAGAAGCAAAAUUGGCCAUCCAAUGUCCCCAACCUUUGAUACCAUUGAAUGGCAAAAUUGAUGGUACAAGUGGAGCAUUUGGUCAAAGACGUUAUGCUGUUGGAGCAUUACUCACAUUCAGUUGCAAUGAAGGACAUUUAUUGGUCGGUGAAGGUUCGAUUGUUUGCACCGAAACAGGCUUUUGGUCGCAUCCACCACCAUUCUGCCGAAGUCAAUGUUCGUACCCUGGCGAUCCACCAAAUGGUUUGAUAGCACCAUUGAAAUUCUUUUAUGAUCCUGGUGACUUCUUAACUGUACAAUGUCGUCCUGGCUUUGUCGAGCAAACAAUAAAUGGACAACCACCUGAACGACCUAAAUGUUUACCAGAUGGCAACUGGUCAGCUCAAGUGUCACAAUGUAAAAGCUAUGAAGAAGUUUAAAAGCUUUUCUCGCUUUCGAUUAAACUGUUUAAGUUGUGAAGAAACUUAAGAAGAAAAAAAUGUUUUGAAGAAUAGAAAAGUAGUGGAAAAUUUUCUGUGUAAAUAUUGAUUACCAUUGUACUCACCCUAUUACCACUAUGCUUCUUCCUUCCCCCAUCCUCAAUGCCCCAUUCAAUCUCUAAAAUCAUUUUUAAUGGAAAGUUAACUUUCAACAAAUUUCAACCGAAGAAAGUGAACUUUAUUGAUAAAUGAAAACUUUUACGAAACUGAAAGCUGAAGAUUAAACCGCAUCUUAAAAAAGGGAAAAGUUUCAUCUUCUUCUUCUUCUUGAAAUAUUUUUUCGAUACUUGUAAAAUUCAUCUUCACUGAAACAUGAUACAACUUUCAACAUAUCAGAAUAAUCCUUAGGUUCAUCCCUUAGAGGUUUAAUCAAAAGUUUUGUCUGUCGAGUAAAUAAUAUUGUUGAAAGUGAAAACAAGAAGAAACUUUAUUUAAUUAUAAGAUAUUUGAUUCAUCUAAGACUUCAUAACCGGAUAAUCCCCUUUGAAGGAAACAAUUAUCUCUCUUUUCCCUUUCAACAGACUCAACUUAUUCUAUCUACUUUCAUGCAAUUAAAACCGUUGAUUGUUCUUUGAAGAAAAAUUGAAAAAAAAAAGAGUUUCUUGUGAAAUUGUUACAUUUAUUCCUGAAGAAAUGAAAAUAAAGUGAAACUUAAUGAGAGAAAAUUUA